GAUGAGUUUGGGCAUUCACACACGCUCCAUUCCGAAAUAGAAAAAGUUCAAGUUGGACAGAAGAGGCAGAUUGUUGGCAUUCUCGUGUUGCAAUUAGGCAUUAUGAUACAUUCCGUUAUUAUAGGUCUAACAUUAGCCAUCACUCAGGGCUCCGAGUUCACGUCACUCCUCGUGGCAAUUAUUUUUCACCAGCUUUUUGAGGGGUUAUCGCUCGGCAUUCGGAUAGCAUCUCUUCCUUCGUCGGACAAUGGAAGCAUCAAAUAUAUGGCCAUUUUACGGUCUACUCUUAUCAUGCUUUUUGCAGUUACUAACCCUGCAGGCAUCGUAAUUGGUCUCCUGGCAUUCAAGCGGGGUCACGACGUCGUGGAAAUGCUCCUCAUUCAAGGAAUCAUGUCUGCAAUUUCCGCAGGGAUGUUGAUGUAUGCCGCGUGUGUUGAGAUGCUUGCAGGGGACUUCGUAAUGGACCUGAAUUUGUGGCGUAGCGAGCUUCGGAAGCAGGCGCUUGCGUUGGUGAGCUUGGGCGCGGGAGUGGUCGCUAUGGCACUCGUGGGGAUGUGAUGGACAGGCAAAUGUAAUUGACCACAGUCGAAAACAUCUUGGUCGGUAACCUCCUGUUACCCCCUCCAUCGCUACUUUGACGUCUUGGAUCACUUGGCUGUAGUUAUUGUUGGCAUGAUUGAACACUGACAUAGACUGUCUGAACUUAGUUUCUUGGGGAAAUUUGCUUGAAUGUGAUCGGACAAACUUCGGUGCUUGCCGUUCACUAGUGUAGCUGAGACCUAUAGCAAUUGCGCCGUGGAGAAAUCAUGCUCUCCUUCCACAAGAUGCGUGGCAUCCUAACGCACGUUGAUGUCGUGGCUCACCUUUACUCACA